AUGGACAUCUACAGAGCGACGGCUCCCCGGGUGCCCACAGGCAGCCCCGGGUCCAGACGCGUGCGCGACGGGUCCCCACCGCCCUCCCGCUCGCUCCGGAAGCCCCCCGCCGCCGCUCGAGGACCCCGCGAUUGUUGCUCCUCCACCCGGCAGGGCGGCAGAAUGCUGCCCGACCGGGGUACAGCUCGGGUCUGCGCUCGUAGCCGCAACGGCUCGCGCACUGGGUGCCUUCAAGGCCCCAGCGACCCAGAGGAUAGCGAAAGCAGCGACCGCGGGGCCCCCGACGACGACAUGCCUCCUCGAUGGACGACGACGCUGCCACCGCCUCAAGCAGGCUCCCAUACUGCCCGACCGAGCCGGGGCGGGUACCAUGCUGCCCGUGGGUGCUGCACAGGCUCCUGCCACGACCGCAGCCGUCCCCAUGGAGGUGGACCAGGGCGCGACGUGGCAGGCAGCAAGCCAUCUACUCCGCCGUCUCCUCCUCUCGUGCUCCGCCUCAACGGCAAGCGUCGCCGCUUGAGCGAUGACGGUGACGACGACCCGCGCGAGCAAGCCGAGCAACUGCUGCUCGAGGACGUUGAGGCCGGCCCCAUGAACUCAGCGCUUUGGCCAUCCACGGCUAGCGCACUCCCGGCCUCCGUCCUGGCCGUGUAUGCCCACAACGCGCAGCGCUUCACGUGCACGCUGUGUGCAUAUACGGCGUCAAGCUUUGCUUCGCUCAAGCGCCACAGGGACUCACGGCACCGACGUAUCUCCUUCCUCGACCGCUUCUCGGCAGGUUGUGCGUGCGGCACACCUUUCGUGUCGAGGCUGGCUGCAGCUAACCACGCUCGCGCGUGUGCCAGCCUCCGCGACACUUCGGCUGCGACCGCAUCAGCAGCCGGGGACCUCAGCCCCACUGCUGGUGCAGUCAAUGCCACCGCUACGGUGGCCGACACCGAACCCGUGCUGCCCCGCCAAGACCCUCCGGUGCUCACUGUGUCCCCCCACAGUCGAGCACCACUCAUGACAGGUCAACAGAGUCAAGAUGGAGCCCCCCGCUCCCAAGGCAGCUGCGUGGUGGUGUCAAGGAUUGCCGACCGUCUCCUCCCGCUAGAGUUAACGGAGGAGGAGGAGACCAAGGCUGGUGACAGCGACGACGAGGACGUCAACGACGACCCAGACAUGGACGGCGAGUAG